AUGAUCGCCCAAAGCAAUACUGAAAUGCUUAAACAUAUUGUGUACCAACGACGAUCUCCACGCCAACCCUGCAUACCGGGUGCCGAUGACACAGGCGCCACGCUCACUGGCUACUUUGAGGACCUAUGCAACUCCAUAAACCCGAACGUGGUUUUACCGGAUACCGAACCCUCGCCAGAUGUAACUCCCGCCAUACGCCCCGAUGAUGUAAUGAAGGCUAUACUACGCUAUCCCAAUAAGGGGUCUGGCCUUGACAGUGUCUACACCCUCCUCCUGAAGGCCGCAGUGAAGCGCUCCACCGAACGCAGAACAAUAUCAGGAUGCUCUUGUGAUAUCAAUAGUCUAUAA